GGAGGAGAAGAAGCCCGACGGGGGGAGAAAGUUUCUCGGGCUUGGCGCAGCAGCGGCAAACGAAACAUGCGGCUGACCCUGACGAAAUCCUUUCCCUCGGGAGCCUUUCUAAUCCUGCUGUUCGCCUGCUGGUCCGGCAGCAUUUCGUUGUCUCCGGAAGAGGCGAACCAGUUCCUGAGCAGACACCGGAGAGCCUAUCAGAUUUUCGAGGAGACCAAGCAGGGGCACCUGGAGCGGGAGUGCGUGGAGGAGAGGUGCACCAAAGAGGAGGCGAGGGAGGUUUUCGAGAACGACCCCGAGACGGACUACUUUUAUCCCAAGUAUCUGGCUUGUGUGGAUAAAUUUGGGGAUUCUGAGAAAAAGAGACAGGACCUGGUCACGUGUGUCCAUAACAUUCCAAACCAGUGCUCUCCCUCCCCCUGUAAUGCCAGAGGUACGGUGCGCUGCGAGGACAAAUCGGGCGACUUCCUCUGCCACUGUUUCACCGGCUGGACAGGAGCCAGGUGUGAGAAAGAUGUCAACGAGUGCACUGAGAGUAAUGGAGGGUGUGACCACGAGUGCAACAACACCAUGGGCAGCUACCGCUGCUUCUGUCACCAAGGCUACAAGCUGGUAGCACGCCACGUGUGUGAAGAUGUGGAUGAGUGUGAAGACCCUGCUGUGUGUGGAACUGCACACUGUGUCAACAAAGAGGGCAGCUACGACUGCUUUUGUGACACCGGUUAUGUCUAUGACAACGAAACCAAGAGCUGCCAAGAUGUGGACGAGUGCGAGAAGGGCGUGUGCGCAGAGGAGUGUAUGAACACGCUCGGUAGCUUCCGCUGCUUCUGCGAUGGCCGUCAAGGCACGAAGCUGGGCCAGGAUCUCAGGAGCUGUAAGCCCAUCACUCCCUGUAUGUCUGUGUCUUUGAAGAGGAACCCUCAUUCCCUCUACCUGGGCCGUAUGUUCAGCGGCGUGCCUGUGGUGAGGCUGCGUUUUCGCAGGAGGGUUCAAACUGGGUUUUCAGCAGAGUUUGACCUCCGCACUUACGACCCCGAGGGGGUGAUCUUCUUCGCCGGAGGUCACCUAAACAGCUCCUGGAUUGUGCUGGCAAUGCAUAACGGGAAGCUUGAGCUGCAGCUGAAGUACGGCGCCGUCAGCAGGGUCACCAGCAGUGGACCCAUGGUCAAUGAUGGCCAGUGGAGAAAGAUCUCGGUGGAGGAACAGGGGCGGAGCCUGGUAAUUAAGAUCGACAGGGAGGCGGUGAUGAAGAUUGCCGUAAACGGAGACUUGUUCACACUAAAGAAGGGCGUGCAUGAGCUGAAUCUGACUGUAGGAGGAGUGCCUUUCAAAGAGGAUGGCCUCGUCAAUCCGGUGAACCCACGUCUUGAUGGCUGCAUGAAGGACUGGCGCUGGUUGACAGGGGAAGACACUUCCAUACAGGAGACAAUCCGCUCCAAUGAAAAUAUGCAGUGUUUCAGCACCGAGAACCCUGGAGCUUACUACCCGGGCGCAGGAUUUGCUCUCUUCAACAUCAGCUAUGAGUCCCAGAACCUGAGUGUCCGCUUGACUCUGCGUCCAACCUCCGCUGUAGGUGUGCUGUUUGCCCUCGUUCACCAGGACAGUGUCCCUCUCGCCAUUGCUCUGGCUGACUAUCACCCGGGAGGUGACGAGUGGCAAGAUCUUGUUCUGGUAUCGAUGGGUGACGUUGUUGUAGCAAGCGCCCCAGCCCCCCUGUGUGACGAUGAGAGUCAUGUGAUCCAGGUGUCAGUCUCAGGCAACCAGACUCUGCUGCUCGUGGACGGUAAACCUGGUCGUAGUUUGGACACCCAGGAUCCUAUUGACCUCCAUUUGCCAUCCAGCACCUUCAUAGGAGGCCUCCCUGAUGUUCCACUGGUGUCUACUCCGGUGUCUGCGUUCUACAGUGGCUGUAUGGAGGUUAAUGUUAACGGACAGCUUCUGGACCUAGACCACGCCGUCCAUAAGCACAACGAUAUCCGCUCGCACUCCUGCCCCCUGCUGGACUCUCGCCAGUGACCGUUGCUAUUAUUCUGUCAAAAAACCAAUACAUAAGCAGUUCAUUGAGGCAAUGUAUGGUAAUGAUGUGUAAACUAUGACUUUGACUUUGGAAGUGUUUCCCAAAACAAGCCAUGACCAGUGGGAGAAUACUUUGUCCUAGAGUGGAAUGAUAAAAGUUUAGGAAUCCCAGUCCAGCGGGAACCUUUGGCUCAGGGCCACCAUUCCUUUGAACUGUGAUGAAGCUGCCCCCUUGAGACGAUUGCAGGGAUUUUCACUAUAAUAUAAGUACUGCUACUGAGUAAGUUUGUGAACCAGUUAGCAACGUUCCCCACACUAUACCGGACCCUCACGGGUUCAACAAAAGCUACAACAUUGCCUCAAAAAAUUGCCCAUGUAUUCUUAAUUAUUUAAGCCCACAUGAACACAGCCUUAUCCAGACCAAUUUCAAACAGCUGGUCCUAGGUCUGCCUGCUAAGCCUAACAUCCUGUGCACACAUGCAGAUCUGCUGACUCGUGCAGGCGGUGUUACACUAUCUGCAACCUCCUGGUUGAUAGAACUGUGGCUACCAUGCUUACAUCCUCGCCACCGAUGGCCCAUGCUCACAGGUUUAAGUGGAAGUGCUUAUCUAGAGUCAGUCCUUAAUCAAAAUAAGACCGCGAAGAAAAAGGACCAGCUCAGUAAUCGCUCAUCAGCUCUCCUACUCAGAGAACGUAUGCCCAAAUUUCCAAGAGUGUCAGAUGCAUAAGGAUCUUAGGGGCUGAUUGGGGACUAAACCAGAUUCUCCGCGUCCCUAACAAGCCAUGCUCUCGCCGUACCAAAGCAGAUAGUGGUAUUUACUAUUUGGCACAAAGCUGCGUUCUGUAGGAAAACUUGCACAUUGUUGUAGAUAGAAAUGGACUGUGAUUUGAAGCCAUGUUCUCGAACUUCCGUCUUCGCCGCGCUCCAAGUCUAGCUGCAACAUUAAAAAAAAAUCAACCAUGUGCCUACCGAGAACAACCCGACGAACCUUUACAACUCCCCCGCCUACUUUCAGGAGUCCGUUCAGUGAGGUGUAAUGUUCACGAUGCACUGGAUGGUAGUGUAUGCUGCGUAAUACUCAGUACAGCCAUACACUGCAUUUCCGCCUGAUCAUUCUGUAGUGUCACGCCGUUUUGAACAGGGUUUGCCGUUAACCCAGCCAGCCGCAACCCAGUCCACCCCCACCCCCUCAACCAGUAAAAUAAUCUCUACACACGGUCUCCCAUCCCACAGGCCCCCUCUCUCCCUCAGAAUAACCAACGCAAAGUUGAAUACCUGGAAACUGCAAUACAGCAAUCAGAUAUAGACACAUUAGUCACACAAGCACAGGGAGGUGAGGAGGAGAACUCUCCGGACGACAAGGAGAGCGAGAGAGAGAGAGAGCGCUGCACUGUUCGCACCACAAAAGCUACUGAGAGUUAAGAGUCGCGCUGUAAUAUACUGAAUUUGUAAAUAAUAUGACUGUACAAUGCUUUGUAGAGGACAGAAGACAGAACACUACCUUUCACUCAUUGCGGUUUAUGUACACCCUCUCAGUUGAUCCAAGGUCUCGGUUUUCCAAACAUAAGACACCAACACUAAUCCAGGCUAACGGAGAGUCCCACUGACGAUCCCUCUCUUCCACCUGAACAGUUUUCCAAAAAUAAAAAAACAUUGUCCAGGGAUCAGAGAAUUAUAUUUUUGAGAUUGACUUGUAUGUUAGGGUUUAUAGGCGCUGAGAAGAUCAGACCUUGUCGAAUUUAAAACGGAGAAUGUCCGAGGAGCAGUAUGAUUGAGAAUGCUAAAAAAAAAAAAGGGCUCCAGUAUUAAUUUUCCCUUUU